CAUCCUCCACUUGCAUGGCGACGACCUACCCACCCCCGGCCGCCAGAUGCACUGCAUCCGCCGCUCUUUGCAUCCCCCACACCCAGCUUGCUUUCUUGCUUAGCUAGCUACCCCACCACUGCCUCCCUCCUGCUGCUGCUGCUUGCUGUCGCCUCCUGUCUCUCCUCCCUUUGCUUGCAUCUGUAGCUAGCAGCAGCUUGAUCUGGAAUACUCCAGCCAGCUAGCUAGCUCGGAUCGAUCGAUCGGGAUGCUGCCUGGGCGUGAAGAGAUCGAGGUGAUGAUCAGGUGAUCCAUCGAUCUAUAUGCUGCUGACUAGCUGCUGCAUGCAUGCCUGCCAUCCCGUCUCUUGAAUCAGCAGAUACCGCAUGCAGAGAUUGCAGGAACAGCUUAGAUCUGAUCCGAAUAUAUAUCUGGUUCAGUAUCAAGAAAUCGAGCUACAUAUGAAAACUUCAUUUCUAAGCUCCAGCAGCUAGCGUGAUAUGAUAGUGUGAUUGAUAUUUGAUACUUCCUUGAGAGAGACGCAUACGAUCGAAUCGGAUGCACUGCACCUGAGCUAAGCUAGCUCAAGCUCGCUCGAUCAGCUCAUGUACUUGUUGAGCCCAAGAAAUGGCGACGAGGAGGACGAACAGGAGGAAAUCCAGGAGCUGAUCAGCGACGACGAGCCGCCCAAUCUCAAGUUGGCAUCCUGCGCCACUGCAGCCAGCAGCAGCAGCAGCAGCGGCAGCGACAUGGAGAAGGGAAGAGGUAAAGCCUGCGGCGGCGGGAGUACGGCGCCGCCGCCGCCGCCGCCGUCGUCGUCAGGUAAAUCCGGCGGCGGCGGCGGCAGCAAUAUCAGGGAGGCGGCGGCUAGCGGCGGCGGCGGCGGCGUGUGGGGCAAGUACUUCUCGGUGGAGUCGCUGCUCCUGCUGGUGUGCGUGACGGCGUCGCUGGUGAUCCUCCCGCUCGUGCUGCCGCCGCUGCCCCCGCCGCCGUCGAUGCUGAUGCUGGUGCCGGUGGCGAUGCUGGUGCUGCUGCUGGCGCUGGCGUUCAUGCCGACGACGACGUCGUCGUCGUCGUCCGCCGGCGGCGGCGGCGGCGGCGGCCGCAAUGGGGCGACGACGGGACAUGCUCCCUACUUGUAGUCUUGUAGAUAAACAGCUGCAUCGAUCGUUUUUCUCUUGUUUUUUUUUCUUUCCCUUGGAUUUGGAGGUGUAGAGAAGCUCCCUCUCUAAUUAAUUACUUAGUGCGCAUCUUCUUCAUCAAUCUCAUCCAAUCGUUGUCUUUGUUCGGUUAAUCAUAGUAUAGUGGUUGGAGGUGUGUGAUUUGAA